AUGGAGGAAUAGAUUCUAUAGAAAGAAAAUAUUUCAACAGUCAAUGAAAAAGAAAAGAUUCCUGUUGAAGGAAUUCUAUCUGAAAACAUAUCAACCAACAGAAAUCUUAUAAACUAGACAGAGAGUUAGAAUUUAAGUACAUCAUUUUACAAAAUAUCUAAAUCGAAUAGAUACAGCGUCAGUGAAAAUAGAGAAAUUAUUGAGGAAAAUUUGCAAUUACUUCAGAGCAAAAUGAAGAGAAACAAUAAUAUACCAAGACCUAAAAAUUCAGAAAUUAUCAAGAGAGAUAAGGAUAAUAUAUAAAAAACAAUUGGCACUCAUAAAGCCGCACAUAAAUUUAAUUAAGGCUCAACUAUUGAGUAAGGAGAUUCUGAUAAUAAAGUUUUCAUUUAGAAUGGGAAUGUAAAAAGACACCAUUCUUUUUCGAAAGGCAGAGGAAAAGAAAAUAGUGUGAGUUAAAAUUGCUAAGAGAAAUCUAAUGCGAGUUCCUCUUUGAAUUAAUAAAGAAAAACAGCUGAAAUCUGCCCUCCAUUUUAAGAGCAAGAAAACAUUUAAAACUUAAAACAUUAAGAAAUUAAUCAAAUUUCUUACAAACAUUGUAAGAAGGAUACAAUUUUUGAAAAUAAUCAAUACAAAUUCGUUAGAUAAAAAGCCGUUAUCGCUUAAAACAAAGAGAAUUUAGAAAAAAACCUGAUAAAACUCAAUAACAUUAAAAUGGCAGAAUAAGAAAAAGGAGCUAUUAUAAUGCGAGGAUUAGAAAAUAAGUAAAAUUAUCAAAUCAGCAAAAUUCAUAACAGUCAAUAGACUCACUUAGUCAAACAAAUGGGAAAUUCUAAGCAGCACUCUUAUUUGUUAAAAAGUGGAAACAACCCAAAUAGAAACAACCUAUCGAAAAACACAAAUAACAAUUCUUACGAUAACUAAAUGAUUAACAGCUUCAAUAAUGACUUAAAUGUUUUAAAUGAAUGUUAAGAGUUUUCUUAAGCCUCAACUGAUUCGGAUAAGAUAUAGAGUAAUUAGAAUUACCCUACAGUUAAAAAUCAAAUUUAAACAAGAGGUAGAAGUACAAGAAAAGCAAACCUUAAUUAAGACAUCACUCAAGAAGACAGCAAAAUAUAUUAAAUUUCAAAGAACUCAAUAUAUUUAGAUAGAAACAAAACCGAAAGGGACGAAUUAACCAAUUAAAUGUUCUCUAAAGAUAUUGAUAAUUAAUAAAUAGGAUCUGUUUCUAACAUUAGUUUUUCUGUAACUCUCACAGAACAAAUAAGAGAAAAAAAAAAUAAAGAAUUAUUUGAAGAGAAUAGAGCUCAUUUAUUAACUGAAGAAGAUUAAAUUACAAAAAAGGAAUGGAUUAAAUUACAUCUUGAAGGAAAUAAGAUAAAGAAUUUGCCUUCAAACAUAGAAGAAGAAUAUAAUAGAAUUCAAAAGUUAACUUAAAAAAAUGAAAUAGCUUUACAAGAAUAUGUUGCAAUAAGAAAAAAGAUCAUUUCUAUUUAGUCUAAAAAUAGAAUACCAUCUGCUCUAAGGUGA